AUGGAGGUGGCGGAGGUUGCGGGGAGGGGACGUAGCAGCGGGAGCAAAGGGGACGGGACGGAGCGAUGGGAGCGGGGUGGGAAGCGGUCGGCGGGAGCGUCGGACAGCGUCGAGGGGGAGCGAGCGGCGAGCGGCGUCGAGGAGAGCGAGAGGCGGGGGAUGGGGCGCUGGAAAACAGAGACUGGUGGCGAGGGCAGCCACCACCUCGCGCUCGUAGCCGCCGCGGCGGGGGCCGCGCUCGCCGCGUCGGCGGCCGUCGCGCGGCUCCGCGGCGCCCGCGCGGGUGCCUUCCGGGCGCGCGCCUCCCAGGCGCUAGCGGCCUCCGUGCAGUGGUUCAUCGGGGAGGCGGAGGGGGAGGAGCCGCAGCAUCACCGGGCGAGCAAGAAGGGGGCGGCGGAGGUGCGGGAGGGCGUGGAGUUCUACAGCAACGGGGACCGGUACGAGGGGGAGUUCCACGGCGGGCGCUGCAGCGGCGGCGGCGUCUACAGCUUAUUCGGCAAGGGCAAGUACGAGGGCGACUGGGUGGAAGGCAAGUACGACGGCUACGGCGUCGAGAGCUGGGCGCGCGGCAGCCGGUACCGCGGCCAGUACAGGCAGGGGCUCCGCCACGGCCACGGCGUCUACCGGUUCUACAGCGGGGACUGCUACGCGGGGGAGUGGGCGGGCGGCCAGAGCCACGGCAUCGGCGCACAGACCUGCUCCGACGGCAGCUCCUAUGCCGGCGAGUUCAAGGGCGGCGUCAAGCACGGCCUCGGCUCCUACCAUUUCAGGAACGGUGAUCGGUAUGCGGGGGAGUACUUUGCAGACAAGAUCCACGGUUUCGGUGUCUACACCUUCGCCAAUGGCCACUGCUACGAGGGCUCGUGGCACGAAGGGAAGAAGCAGGGGUUCGGGAUGUACGCAUUUCGGAAUAGCGAUGAGCGAGCAGGGGAGUGGGAUUCUGGAAUCCUGAAGAACUCAUUGCCUCUGUCAGACCCCGCUGUUCAGCGUUCACUACAGGCUGCUCGACGGGCUGCGGUCAGCGCCGUUCACCUCCCAAGAGUGGAUGAGCAGGUGAACAAGGCCGUCAUGGCUGCAAACAGAGCGGCCACAGCUGCCCGAGUCGCUGCCAUCAAGGCAGUGCAGAACCGGAUCGAUGGCAAGCUCUGUUUCAUCGACGUGUGAAGCAUGUUCAAGAAUUGUGCCCUUCCUUCACUUGUAAACUGUACAUUAGCGUAGCGAAGAGCGGCAAUAACCAAUUGCUGAGGUUCGCGACCGGAGCCGCACAACCGCUUGCUCCGUGUUGGAGGGAUCAGUAAGAUCGGCAGCCACCAAAGGGCUGAGCUGCUGUUGUUUUCAUCAAGAGGUUCGCAUCGUGCUAGAUUGCCAAGAGCAAGGUGACCGUCUUCCUCAAUCCUCAUCCUCCUUGUGCAGGCUGUAAAUUGUAGAUAGUUCCAUCCAUGCCUGAUCCAUGGCGGAGGCGGUGAUCUGUCAGUGGCUCUCUUGUCUUUUUGUUGCUCCCUGUUGUGCUGUAUGUGCAUUGUACA